CUUUUCUCCCAGCCGCGGGAACCUAGAGUUCCAGAGCUCCCUGAGCGCCUGCGCGGGGGGCCGCAGAGGCGCCGGCGAACGGCGGGGAGGCCUGGGCGCAUGCGUAACUCGGCUCGGCAGAGCGCGGAGGAAAAAUCCGCGAGAAGGUGGUGGAAGAAGAUGGCGGGGCUGGGGCAGAGUUUGCAAUCUUUCUGAAUAGGCUAGUCGAGUAACUGUUCGGAUCAUGGCGUCAAACUCAACGAAGUCUUUUCUGGCAGAUGCUGGCUAUGGAGAACAAGAGCUGGAUGCUAACUCUGCCCUUAUGGAAUUAGACAAAGGUCUAAGAUCUGGCAAACUUGGUGAACAGUGUGAAGCAGUUGUUCGUUUCCCCCGGCUCUUCCAGAAGUAUCCGUUCCCCAUUCUCAUCAAUUCUGCAUUCCUGAAGUUAGCCGAUGUCUUCAGGGUUGGAAACAAUUUCCUGAGGCUGUGUGUUCUUAAAGUUACUCAACAAAGUGAGAAGCAUUUGGAGAAGAUUCUAAAUGUGGAUGAAUUUGUGAAGAGAAUCUUCUCUGUGAUUCAUAGUAAUGACCCCGUAGCAAGAGCCAUCACUCUCAGGAUGUUGGGCAGUCUGGCAUCAAUAAUUCCUGAGAGGAAGAAUGCUCAUCAUAGUAUUCGUCAGAGUCUGGAUUCACAUGAUAACGUAGAAGUGGAAGCUGCUGUGUUCGCUGCUGCAAACUUCUCUGCGCAGUCAAAGGAUUUUGCUGUAGGAAUAUGUAACAAAAUCAGUGAAAUGAUUCAAGGUCUUGCCACACCAGUAGACUUGAAGCUGAAGUUGAUCCCCAUCCUACAGCACAUGCACCACGAUGCAAUCCUGGCGUCCAGUGCUCGUCAGCUUUUACAGCAGCUGGUCACGUCCUAUCCUUCCACCAAAAUGGUGAUCGUUUCUUUGCACACUUUUACUCUGCUUGCAGCUUCGUCUUUGGUUGAUACACCUAAGCAGAUUCAGCUUCUGUUGCAGUAUUUGAAGAAUGAUCCCAGGAAAGCAGUAAAGAGACUUGCUAUUCAAGAUCUGAAAUUACUUGCCAAUAAAACACCACAUACUUGGAGCAGGGAAAACAUUCAGGCUCUCUGUGAAUGUGCCCUCCAGACUCCCUAUGACAGCUUGAAACUUGGGAUGUUGUCUGUUCUUUCCACGCUGUCAGGGACCAUCGCUGUCAAACAUUACUUCAGCAUAGCUUCAGGAAAUGUGGGUUCUUCCCCUAGAGCCUCUGAUUUAGUCAGAUUAGCCCAAGAAUGCUGUUACCAUAAUAACAGGGGCAUUGCAGCUCAUGGAGUGAGAGUCCUGACUAAUAUAACCGUCUCUUGUCAAGAAAAAGACCUGCUGGCACUGGAACAAGAUGCUGUCUUUGGCCUGGAAUCCCUGCUGGUGCUCUGUAGUCGAGAUGGUAGCCCAGGUGCUGAAGCCACUUUAAAGAUUGCUCUCAACUGUAUGGUGAAGUUAGCCAAAGGCAGGCCCCAUCUCAGCCAGUCCGUGGUGGAAACCUUGCUGAUUCAGUUGCAGAGCGCGCAGGACACUGCCCGGAUUCUGAUGUGCCACUGCCUGGCCGCCAUUGCCAUGCAGCUGCCUGUGCUGGGCGAUGGGAUGCUCGGGGACCUCGUGGAGCUCUACAAGGUGAUCGGACGGUCAGCCACAGACAAGCAACAAGAGCUUCUGGUGAGCUUGGCCACAGUGAUUUUUGUAGCCAGUCAGAAAGCACUCUCUGCUGAAGUAAAGGCAGUGAUUAAGCAGCAGCUCGAAAGUGUCUCCAACGGAUGGACUGUAUACCGGAUUGCCAGACAGGCAUCCCGGAUGGGUAGUCACGACAUGGCCGGAGAGCUGUACCAGAGCCUGCUGACGCAGGUCGCCUCGGAGCAUCUCCACUUCUGGCUCAACAGUCUGAAGGAGUUCUCACACGCGGAGCAGUGCCUCACCGGCCUGCAGGAGGACGACGCUAGUUCAGCACUUUCUUGCAUUGCUGAGUCCCUGAAAUUCUACCACAAAGGGAUUGCUUCCUUAACAGCUGCCAGUACACCCCUGAAUCCUUUAAGUUUUCAGUGUGAAUUUAUAAAGCUCAGGAUUGACCUUCUGCAAGCCUUCUCUCAACUUAUCUGUACUUGUAAUAGCCUCAAGACAAGCCCCCCACCUGCAAUUGCCACAACAAUUGCCAUGACCUUAGGGAAUGACCUUCAGCGGUGUGGUCGAAUCUCCAAUCAGAUGAAGUUGUCCAUGGAAGAAUUCCGAAGCCUUGCUUCCCGAUAUGGGGAUCUAUAUCAGGCAUCUUUUGAUGCUGACUCGGCAACUUUGAGGAAUGUGGAACUGCAGCAGCAGAGCUGUUUACUGAUUUCUCACGCAAUAGAAGCCCUGAUUUUGGACCCAGAAUCAGCAAGUUUCCAGGAAUAUGGAUCUACAGGAGCAGCCCAUGCUGAUAGUGAAUAUGAGAGAAGAAUGAUGUCUGUAUAUAAUCAUGUCUUGGAGGAGGUGGAAUCACUCAAUAGGAAAUAUACCCCCGUUUCUUAUAUGCAUACAGCAUGCCUCUGCAAUGCCAUCAUUUCUCUGUUGAAGGUUCCUCUUUCAUUUCAGAGGUAUUUUUUCCAGAAACUGCAGUCUACCAGCAUCAAGCUAGCUUUGUCACCGUCCCCCCGGAACCCUGCAGAGCCUAUCGCUGUCCAGAGUAACCAGCAGCUGGCGCUAAAGGUAGAGGGAGUGGUCCAGCACGGAUCUAAGCCAGGACUCUUCCGCAGAAUUCAGUCUGUCUGUCUGAAUGUUUCUUCCACACUGCAGAGUAAAUCCGGACAAGACUACAAGAUACCCAUUGACAACAUGACAAAUGAGAUGGAGCAGAGGGUUGAACCUCACAAUGACUACUUCAGCACUCAGUUCCUGCUGAACUUUGCUGUCCUUGGUACACACAACAUUACAGUGGAAUCUUCGGUGAAAGACGCCAAUGGUAUCGUAUGGAAGACUGGCCCCAGAACGACCAUAUUUGUAAAAUCCCUGGAAGACCCAUAUUCCCAGCAGAUUCGCCUACAGCAGCAGCAAGCCCAGCAGCCGUUACAACAACAGCAACAACGAAAUGCCUACACUCGGUUUUAGCCACACAGCAAACGCAGUACAGACUUUGCAGGGGUGGAUCAGCUUUAGCAAAAAUAGUUUGCUUUUUCUUGGAUUAAGACAUGGAAGUUAGAAUAUAGCGUCCAUUUAUUCAUUGGUUUCUGUAAUACAACCUUCUGAAAGAAACUUUUUCUUAAAAAUUUAGUUUGAGAAAUAAUUGGGUUCCUAACCAGAUUUUUUUUCCGUAUUCCUUCUUAAAACCAAGUCCUUCCUCUCAUGUUUAACACUUGCGUUGUUUUGUUAUUAUUGCUUUUACUGUUGUUGAGCCUCUUCUUUUUCCUCAUGAAAAAGUCACAUAUUGGGAUCAUUGAAUUAGUAAAUUUGACUGCUUUUCUACUAAAAUACAUCACUUGCUGCCUGACCUAGACCUCUAAUUCUGAGCUGGGCUUUGAGCCGUUCCCUAGAAGGGUGGUAGAAGAUGACUCGAAAGCGUCCCCUGAAACAUCCAGUCGUGUGGAUUACAAGAGCACGGAGUCUGGCAGACUUGAAACAUCCUGUUGUAUCAUUUCACCCGUUUACCUAUUCUCUGCUAAUGCAAUCUUAAUUUAUUGUUUUACUAUUUAAUUGACCCAAAGAGCAGCUAACAAUUACAUAAGAUUGGAAAUUAACAGUUUGUUUUUCUUCUAAUGACGUGUAUGAUGAUAUGUAAUAGAGGUUUUCUUAUUGUUUCUAAGAGUGAAAAAAAAAUCGCUCACAUUUCCUAUCCUCACGUUUCAAGUUAGGAGGGCAGAUCUUUUCCUUUGAUUGGUUUAGGUUCCUGGCAAGUUAGGUAAUGCUAAACUUGAUUGUCUAGGAACAGCAGUCUCUCUAUUACACAACCUCAGUUAGCUGGGAUGCUCAGGGAAUGGAAGUUUUCUGGUUUUGCCAGAAAACCCCUUUUUUUUUUCCUAUUUCAAUACUGGUUGAAAACCAUUAAAAUUUUAAUAAUAAUACACUUUCUUGUCUUAACACAGUAUCCUAGAUAGAGUUUAACUUCUUGAUUUGGGAUCACUCGGUGCUUUGGGAUCAUGAUUUCUAAACAUCAGGGAUCACAGGAUUACAGCCACUGAUGAUGUGGGCACUUGAGCUGGAAGCAGCUCCCAAGGUGAGGCGGGCGCAUUGCCCUGGAAGUUUUCUUUUUAAAUAAAUCUCUCAAUUUC